GCCGGCUUGUGAAUGGAGAGUGAGAUCAGGAGAUGAGAACGGUAAGAAUCAUCACCUGUCAAUGAUUGUCUCUAACAGCUGUUUGUCAUUGCAGUUAGAGUUGGAGACGGAUUUAAGGGCAAGCCAGACACAGUGAGAGAGAGAGCUACCCACACACACCCAGAGACUGUGCUGAAUCGUUGCCCCUGAAAAGUGUGAUUUUGAGUUGAAUUGUUGCGCUGAAAAGUGUGAUUUUGAGUUCUAAAAUAAACAUACCUUUUGAGUUGGAUUCGCCGUCUCCCGCUUUCUCCUUUCACUUAACUGCGAACUUGUUACAUAUUAUAAAAAUAUUCAAUAAAACAAUGUGCUAUUAGUUGUUAAAUCUUAUUCGUGUGACAUACCUUUUUAAGUAAAUCAAAUUGGAUGAAUUGAUACAUUUGUGUACAUCUAACAAAGGUUGUCUAGUUAUGCUGACAUUAAAUGAGCAUGAGAUGUAUUUACUUCUAAAAAGUGUAAUGCAAAAAAUGGUAGGGCCAUUUAGGGAUGACUCUUUUUUUAGUGAGUAGAAAUGCACCUGUCCAAAGCAAAAGGAUUUACUUAGGUUAGUUUUACUGAAGUUUAGUUUUACUUCUGUUAUUUUUUUCCUGUAAACAGUGAGAAAGUGAGUUUUAUACCAAAUAACAAUGCAGUUAUAUUCUAUAGAGAGAAUCUGAAAUGAAGAAAAGGGCACAAUGUAAGUGUGUAUAUAAAUCUAUGCAGUAAUCAUGUAAUGACUAUUUGAAAAUUGCUUGAUACAGCAAUUCCAGUCUGUUUUUGUGCGUAGGCUCAAACUCACUCGUCAAAUUUUCCCAAUAUUCAUAUUUCUCUUCUGUUUCAGGUUUGUGCUUUCUGCAUCCUUGCGUUGUGGCUGCAGUUACACCAUCCAACCGCAUGGAGGCACUGCAAGGUUCUCCUGAUAGCAGCAGUGAGGAAUGUACUGUACUGGAGGCACCGCCUGGCAAGGGAACAGGACUAAUUUGCUUUCAACACAAAGGAAAAGCGCCUGUGUUAUACUGUUUGGCAUGUGAGAAUGCUGUGUGCGAGGACUGUAUGAUUGGGGAGCAUGCUGAACAUCCCACUAAUUCCCUGGAAGAUAUCGUAGACCAACAACGUACAGCACUGCAGGACAGAGUGGAGACAGCUAAGAUCAGGCUGCCUCAGAUAGGCGAAGCAGUUCAGUGCCUGAGAGACAUUCUGCUGCAGUUGAACACUCAAAGGAGCUCUAUAGAGGAAGACAUCCAUUCUUCCUUCAGCGAACUGCACAAAACCCUCGAUACGCGCAAGAGCGUCCUGCUCAUGGAGCUGGAAGUAACACAUGGACUGAAGCAGAAGGUUCUGCAGGCUCAGCUGGACACUCUUCUGCAAGAAGAAGCUGCCAUCAAUCACAACUGCAGCCUAACCAAAGAAGCCUUGGACAGUGGAAGCAAAGCUGUCGUUCUGCAGACCCAUAAAGAUGUAGGGGAGAGACUCAGUGACCUGGCCAGCCAGGGCCUCCCCCUUCAACCAGAGGAGAACGACCAGCUGGAUCUCAUGAUGGAGAUCGAAGGACUUCGUAAGUCCAUCCACAACCUAGGAACCAUAGUCACCACCAAUGCUGUGGCCAGUCAGACCGAGGCAUCCGGGGAAGGUUUGGAGCAGUGCAUUGUGGGCCAACCAGCUUCUGUCCUCAUAACCACAAGGGAUAAGGCUGGAGGGUUAUGUAAAACGGGUAAUGCCAUCAUCUCAGCAGAAGUCUUCACACCAGAUGGCAGCGUUGCAGAUGGUGAAAUUGUGGACCUUAAGAAUGGAAUGUAUGAAUUCCAAUACACGGUGAAUAAGGAGGGUGAUUUUAGGCUGGCAUUGAGACUUUAUGAUCAGCAUAUCAAAGGAAGCCCCUUCAAAUUAAAAGUCACCAACUCUCCGGAUGACUCGCCACCCACCACCACAGCAGCUAAUGCGGCCUCCACAGGUUCCAGUGAUGGCGGGGCGCGGAAACGGAGCGCCAAGUCUCCAGGGAGUAGAAGCCGACAGAAGGGUGUGAGGCGAGGAGGAAGUUUGUUCAGUACCCCAAAGAAGAAAGUGAACCCGAUUGAGGAUGAUCUCAUUUUUAAAAUAGGAACAAAAGGGAGGAAUAAAGGAGAGUUCACAAACCUCCAAGGAGCAGCAGCUUCUUCAACAGGAAAAAUCCUGAUUGCAGAUAGUAACAAUCAGUGUGUGCAGAUUUUUUCAAAUACAGGAGAGUUUCAAAGCCGGUUUGGAGUGCGUGGCCGGUCACCAGGGCAACUGCAGAGGCCCACUGGAGUGGCUGUGCAUCCGAAUGGUGAUAUCAUCAUCGCUGACUAUGACAAUAAGUGGGUUAGCAUUUUCUCUAGCGAGGGCAAAUACAAGGCUAAGCUUGGUUCAGGCAGGCUAAUGGGCCCAAAAGGUGUAUCUGUGGACCAGAAUGGACAUGUUAUCGUUGUGGACAACAAGGCCUGCACUGUUUUCAUUUUUCAGCCCAGCGGUAAACUCGUCACAAAGUUUGGCAGCAGGGGAAAUGGUGACAGACAGUUUGCAGGCCCGCAUUUUGCAGCAGUCAACAACAACAAUGAAAUAAUAAUCACAGACUUUCAUAAUCACUCUGUUAAGGUGUUCAGUGCAGAUGGUGAAUUCUUGCUUAAAUUUGGCUCAAAUGGUGAAGGCAAUGGCCAGUUUAAUGCUCCUACAGGAGUCGCUGUGGAUGUCAAUGGGAACAUUAUUGUGGCAGACUGGGGGAACAGCAGGAUACAGGUGUUUGACGGUAGUGGAUCGUUUCUCUCUUACAUCAACACAGCUGCAGACCCUCUCUACGGGCCCCAGGGCUUGGCUCUGACCUCUGACGGCCAUGUUGUAGUGGCUGAUUCUGGAAACCACUGCUUCAAAGUGUAUCGAUACCUGCAAUGACUUAUGAGUGACUGUUUCAAAAUUAAAAGUCUGUUUGUUGGACAGUGAUGUCAUACUGUGUGUCCAGCUCUUGCACUUCAUUUGAUGUAAUGUUAUUUCACCUACAUUUACAAUGGACUGUAUUCUCCAUCCUUGGUUUCUUUUGUAUUUGUUACUACUGUUGGAUGACUUUCUGAAAAGACUAAAGCUUGUGAACAUGCACUGUAAAUAGGAUGCAAUGGAAUGCCUUUGCCAAAACUCCACACACUGCACUGUGGAAAUUUAGCAGAACUGAGACAACUGAAUGCAUCAGUGAGAAUACUACCUACCUAAGUUAAAAAUUCUGCUCGUAUGUGCUGCAUGUGUGGACCAUGCAUGUGUCUUCCUGUUGGACAGAGCUGACUUCUCAAACACUGUCCAAUUCCUGUGUUUUGUAAAACAGUCAUUCUUAAAGGGAUAGUUCACCCAAAAAUUAAAAUUCUCUUAUCAUUUACUCACCCUCAUGCCAUCCCAGAUGUGUAUGACUUUCUUUC